AUGGAGUUACAAGCGAGAGUACGUGGCAAAAAGAAGAGUUUUACCGACAUCGACAUAGCCUUCCAGCCUAAUCUAAUACUGCUUAAUGUUCAAUGCUUAAAUAUUGACAAAGUCAAUCAGCUACAUGUUAUGGUGUCUGACUAUGCAAGAGUGAAGUUCUUCUGCCUAACUGAAACUUGGGCUACAGCUGAAUCACUUAAUAAUUUUGUUAUUGGGAAUUUUCAGUUAGUUAGCUCAUAUUUUAGAUCGUCGUACAAAGGCGGUGGCCUAGUAAUUUAUUGUAGAAAUGAUGUUGUUGCUAAACCUAUUGACGUAUCUCAGUUUUCGCUGGAUAAGAAUAUUGAGUUGUGUGCCAUUCAGUUCUCAAAUGGUGGUAUACGUAGCAUCAUCAUUUUGUGCUAUAGAUCUCCCUCGGGAGAUAUGAAAAUAUUCCAUGACAAUCUGAAUAGGGCUCUAAAUUUUGUUUUUAGGCCAAAUAUAAAUAUAAUUCUCUGUGGCGACUUCAAUGUAGAUUCUUAUAAUGGCUUGCAUCCACAGGUAGGUUGGCCAACAAGGAUUGGGCGCACGUCUAUCACAACGAUACACCAAGUUUUCACCAACUUCAAUGAUAAAUGUUUGAAUUCGUUGUUGAUAAUGUAA